AAGCAAGUUGCAAGACCUCAUACGCAGUUUAGAUAGAUAUAAAUGGGAGCGAUUUGGUAGACCCAACUAAUCUGUUCUGAAUUUUUAAAUCUAAUCAUGUUCCGAAAUCUAUCUGUAUUCCUCGUGUGUGCUUUCGCAGUACAAUGUUUGGCUGACCCGGACUGUUCUCAACGACCCAAGAAAGAAGAUUUUAUGAAUUGUUGUGCGAAACCAGCUCCGUUUAAGGACGUUAUGGCAAAGUGUAACGAGAAAUUUCCCUUUCAAAAAGGCGAGCCGAACUUCUGUCAUGGCGAAUGCGUCUUCAAUGAAACAGGAAUCUCUGUAAACGGUGUUAUUCAGAAGGAUAAAAUUUCUGCAAUACUAGGGGAGAUGUAUAAGGCAAUGCCUGAUUUCAUUCCGGUGGCCACAAAAGCGGUUGAAAAAUGUGACGAAACUGUUCGCACUAAAAUGGCGAAAAUAAUGGAGCAUAAACCUGAAGGCGCUGAUAAAUGCAACCCUGUGCCUGCAGUUUAUGGAUUCUGCAUUUUUGUUGAAACAAUUGUUAAUUGCCCAGCAUCAGGUUGGCAAAAUACUGACGAUUGCAAUCGUGCUAGGGAAUUUAUGAAGUCUUGCCCAAUGCAUCAUAAGCAAUGAAUUUAAAUUUAUUGAGAAUUACACUUGGUCAUCAUGUUUUAAA